GCGGAGCCUGGAUUUUGUACCAUUUCGAAAAAGCAACUCAUUUUUCUACUUAUUUAAAAAGUUUUUUUUUUUCUCUCUUUUUGGUGAAAUAAAAACCCUAAAUUUUGGGUUGAAGGAGGAAGGGAAGUGAAAGAUAAUUCUGGAACUUUCUACGGGUUUGCUCAAUCUGCUUAUUUGCAGAAAAUCCAACUUUAAAUCCUUGAAGAAAAUCUACAGGGAGGAGGAGGAGGAGGAACUGAAGAGGAAGUGAAAGGGCAAUGGGAAUCGACUAUUACAAGGUUUUACAAGUUGAUCGAAAUGCCAAAGAUGACGAUUUGAAGAAGGCUUACAGAAAGCUCGCCAUGAAAUGGCAUCCCGACAAGAACCCAAAUAACAAGAAAGAAGCGGAGGCCAAAUUCAAGCAGAUCUCCGAAGCUUACGAGGUUCUUAGCGAUCCCCAGAAGAAAGAAAUCUACGAUCAAUACGGUGAAGAGGGUCUAAAGGGUCAGGUGCCGCCGCCCGAUGCCGGUGGCUCCGGCGGAGCUUCCUUCUUUUCUACUGGCGACCGGUCGACAACAUUUAGAUUCAAUCCGAGAAACGCCGAAGACAUUUAUGCGGAAUUUUUUGGGUCUGCAAGUCCGUUUGGAGGAAUGGGAGGGGCUCCAAGGUUUCCGACUAGCAUUUUUGGUGAUGAUAUAUUUACAUCGUUUAGAGAAGGAGGAGGAGGAUCCAUGAACCACCAAGCUGCUUCUCGUAAAGCUCCUCCAAUUGAGAAUAAAUUGCCUUGUAGCCUUGAAGACUUGUACAAAGGAACUACCAAGAAAAUGAAAAUUUCUAGAGAAGUUUCCGACACAAGCGGGAGGAUUGUACCAGUGGAAGAGAUAUUAACGAUCGAUAUAAAGCCGGGUUGGAAGAAAGGAACAAAGAUCACAUUCCCAGAGAAAGGGAAUGAGCAGCCUAAUGUGAUACCUGCAGAUCUUGUUUUCAUCAUUGAUGAGAAACCGCAUGGUGUGUUCACUCGUGAUGGAAACGACCUAAUUGUCACACAAAAAAUAUCGCUGGCCGAGGCAUUGACUGGUUACUCCGUGCAUCUCACUACCUUGGAUGGUAGAAGUCUAACGAUCCCAAUCAACAAUGUUAUCAGUCCAACCUACGAAGAGAUUGUCCCGAGAGAAGGAAUGCCGAUGCAGAAAGAUCCAACAAAGAAGGGGAACUUAAGAAUCAAAUUUAACAUCAAGUUCCCAUCAAGGCUGACUACAGAGCAGAAGGCUGGGAUUAAGAAACUCUUGGGUCAGUAAGAUUGUGAUUCGUUGGCUUGGUUUUCCAAGGAACCGCUCAUUGCUAAUAUACAGUGUUUGAAAAUUUUGCUAAGGGGCCAACUUCUUGUUUUUUUGUAAUCAAGGAAACCUUAUUUGCUUUUCGUUCGUAAAUAUAUUUAUUUCCAUAGGGCUACUCCGAGUCGAUUCUUUAGUUGUGCAGUAAUCUUUGCCUGAAGUAGGUGAAUGCUUGCCAUAAUGUACCAACAUUCAAAAGCUGGAGAGACCUGGUUCUGAAGAUUCUGAA